UUUCGUCGCGACAUGGCGGCACCGUCACUCGCUUCGCUCUCCGAGGGCCUCCCACUUACCUUCCCAACACCUAACCCACUGACACAUCCUUCCUUAAUCACACCCCAAGACCUUCCGCGCGAGGAAGAUCUCCUUCGAAAUCCCUCCUCGUUCCGUGCAUGGUGGACUGCAAUCAUCAAUACGCGUGAGGCGUUCAACGCCCAACUCAAACUGCAAGCAGACUCAGGAGAAGGAAAGAAUGAAGGCUCAUCUGCGGCAGCAGCAACUGUCCUCGGCCCUCUCGCGACUCCCCUCGCGCGUAUUUCUCUCCAGCGCCUCACCUAUCUCUACGAAGCGGCCAUUGCUCAGUUCCCUACCUCUUUCAAAAUAUGGAAGUCCUAUCUCAUCAUGCGCAUGUCGUUCGUCCUCGGCAAGCAGAUCAUCAAGAAACGCGCCGGAGGGAAGAAAAAGUUCCCCGAGAUGAAGGACGCGUUGGAGGAUGAAAAGGAGGACUUGGAGGUCUGGGAAAAUGGUCUCGAUGGGAUCGUGGGUCUUGAGGAGUGGAAGUCGUUGGUUGCGACGUUCGAACGCGCGCUCAUGUGGCUACCACGACUUCCUCGUUUAUGGCUCAUGUAUCUAUCCAUAUUCUCUCAUCCUCAAUGCCCGCCGCUUCUCUCACAUAGCCAUGCUCGACACACUUACGAUCGAGCACUGCGCACUCUCCCUCCCUCCCUGCACUUCCGUAUAUGGGUCCGAUUCCUGCUAUGGGCGGAAGGAAAGGGUGGAGUGACCAUGGUCUCAAUCUACCGACGCUAUCUUGCCAUUGACCCUAGCGUUACCGAGCACUUCACGGCUCUCCUGCUCGCCCCGGCAAAUGGACCACCGCGCCCUCUAGAAGCUGCGAAAUUACUCUUGUCAUUGGCCAGAAAAGCUGCCAAGGGCGAGUACACCAGUCCUGAGGGUAAAAGUCCAUACCAGCUUCUCGGAGACUGGCUGGACGUGGUGGAGAAAUUCUCCGAAGAUGUUGGAUUGGAUGUAGAAGAAACCGAUGCUGCCAAUGCCGAGUCUGAUGCUAUAGACGACGAGGAUGAAAACCCUUUGAGCGCUCGAAAGCUCAAUAUAGAGCGCAUCGUUCAGAAGGAUGGAUUGGAGGUAUACAAGGAUCAAGCUGGCCGUCUUUGGACGGGUUUGGCUACGUACUGGAUCAAACGCGCCGAAUUCGACCGGGCGAAGGAUACUUUUGAAAAGGGCAUCGCGACAGUGCUGACGAUCCGUGACUUCACGCAGAUCUUCGACUCGUAUGCGGAAUUCUGCGAGUCGUUAAUUACUGCCUUGAUGCAAAGUCUCGAAAUCGAAGAGGACGAUGAAGAUGCGGAAGAGACACAAAAGGACUUGGAUCAGCGGAUGGUCGAUUUCGAGGAUUUGAUGGAUCGCAGACCGUUCCUGGUGAAUGAUGUGCUUUUGCGCAGAAAUCCCAACGAUGUGCAAGAAUGGGAAAAGAGAGUUGCUUUGUGGGGCGAAGACGAUGAGAAGGUGGCUGCGACUUACACGAAAGCAUUGGAAACUGUGAAUCCUCGGAAAGCGACAGCCAACCUACAUCGUCUCUAUAUCAAUUUUGCCAAGUUUUAUGAGGAGGGUGGCACUACCGGCCAAGCCGAAGAAGAUCUCGACAGUGCCCGGAAGAUCUUGGAGAAGGCUGGGAAGGUCAACUUCAAAACCGUCGAGGAUCUCGCAGAAAUAUGGUGCGAAUGGUCUGAGCUGGAACUGCGGCAUGACAACUAUGACGAGGCGAUUCGUGUGAUGCAAAGAGCUGCAGCGGUCCCGAGGAACCCCAAAGUCAACUAUCAUGACCAUACGUUGACAGCCCAAGCCCGUCUAUUCAAAUCUCUCAAGCUAUGGUCCUUCUACGUAGACCUGGAGGAAUCCAUCGGGACAGUUGAAUCGGCCAAAGCCGUGUACGACAAGAUCCUCGACUUGCGAAUCGCCAAUGCGCAAAUCAUCGUCAACUACGCCGCGUUCUUGGAAGAAAACAAAUACUUUGAGGAGAGCUUCAAGGUGUACGAGCGCGGUGUGGAACUGUUCACAUUCCCCGUGUCCUUCGAGAUCUGGAACAUCUAUCUCUCCAAGUUCGUCAAGCGAUAUGGUGGUUCCAAGCUCGAGCGAGCUCGCGACUUGUUCGAGCAGGCGCUUGAAAAGUGCCCGGCAAAAUCGUGCAAGCCAAUCUUCUUGAUGUAUGCCAAGCUGGAGGAGGAUUAUGGACUUGCGAAGAGGUCCAUGUCCAUCUAUGACAGGGCUACGCAAGUGGUGGCUGACGAGGAUAAAUUCCAAAUGUUCUCGAUUUAUAUCGCGAAGGCGACUGAGAACUACGGAUUGCCGGCCACGAGAUCAAUCUAUGAACGAGCUUUGGAAGUCCUUCCUGACCGACAGACGGCCGAGAUGUGUCUCCGUUUCGCAGCGCUAGAGCGUAAGCUGGGCGAAAUCGAUCGGGCACGGGCGAUCUACGCCCACGCCUCGCAGUUCUGUGAUCCUCGAGUGAAUCCCAAAUUCUGGGGCGAGUGGAACACAUUCGAGAUCGAGACAGGCUCGGAGGACACUUUCAGAGAGAUGCUGCGGAUCAAACGAAGUGUCCAGGCCCAGUUCAACACCGAAGCGAGUUACUUGGCAGCACAGACGAUCGCUGCGAAAGAGGGCAACCAAGUCUCUGUUUCCAGUGCGGAGCCGCUGGAUGCCAUGGCUGCUACCGAGAGAGCGAACGCCCCGGCAUUUGUCGCUGCAAAGCAAACCGCGUUGCCCAAGCCAGAUAAUCAAGCUGAUGCGCCAGCUGAUGCAGCCGCUGGUAACGCCGACGAGAUUCACAUUUCUGACGACGAAGACAUGUAAAACAGAAUGUGUAAUAGCAGUGCAGUAUGUAACAGUGAAGGCUCAGCGCUCAAGGUCGGGCCUUUCACUGAGUGUGCUGAUAUGAGUCAUGUUGAUUACGAUCAAGAGCGCCGAGUCGACAGUUGUUCGUUGUUUACGCCGCAUUGCCAAGUCUUGCAACUGCGCUGCACGGUCAGCACACAGCACUACACGAACACCAGCCUGUCUUCUUCUACUUUCUGCAAUACAAACACUCCCCAUGGCGAGCAAGGGCUGGUUCAACCUUGAAAGCGCUGGCAGCGUUAUUCCCGAGACCCAGUACUUCGAGGGCGAAUCGGCGUUCAAGUUUCUCAAUCUCUCACGCACGACGCGAUUGUAUGGAUUCGUGGGCUGUACAGCGGUCGGGUUUCUGCUUAGUAUCCUUGGUGGCAUUGUGCUCUUCCUCGGCCAAAUUAUCUUGUUCGCGUUCCUCUACGGUGUCGGAACCCUCGUUUCGCUAGCUGGGACUGGAUUUCUGCUCGGGUUUGGCACGCAGCUCAAGCUGAUGUUCAAGCCUGUGCGUGUGUUGGCUACGGUCGUAUUCCUAGCCUCCAUUGCCAUGGUAUUCGUCGGCGCAUUUGUGAUCGGCAGCGAGCUGCUGUGCAUCAUUCUUGUCAUCGUCGAAUACUUGGCGUUCACGUGGUACAGCCUGUCGUACAUCCCGUACGCCCGGACAGCAGUUCUCAAGAUGAUCGGGUUCAGCUAGGUUACACCUCUCCUGUUGCCUCUUGUUACAACUCUGUAUAUUACUGCGCCGACCUAAAUUGACCUUGAUCCCAGUUCUUGAUGGAUCUCGGUCCGCCAUCAGAAGGGUGGCCGAGAUCUAACUCACAAUUGAUAACUUAAUUCCCC